AUAUUUAACAAGGAACAGCGGACUAACAGACAGAGAGCCCAGGGAAUCGCGACCCUCAGCACCGCUCCACCGAUCAGCGAUGAGCAAGCUUGUCUCUGUGGUGGUGGCGGCCUUGGCGGCCCUGGUGGCUCUAUCUGUUUCUCGUGCCCAGGACACUCGCAACUUACCUUCAUGCAGGGAACUCGGCGGACGGUGUAUCGUGAGCAGCACACAGUGCAAGGAGCUGGAGGGCGCGGCGCCUUGCCCGGACCAAGAGAUCUGCUGCAAGCCGAAUGCCAAAAAUGUAAAGUCAUUUAAAAAGAAAAACAAGGAAAAUCGUUCAAACAGAAAGAUGAAGAAAGAAGUCAAAGAAAAUAAUGAACCACGGAACAAUGAUCCACGGGUGAUGCAGAAGAGGAAGAAGAAUGUAAAGCCAUUUAAAAAGAAAAACAAGGAAAAUCGUUCAGACAGAAAGAUGAAGAAAGAAGUCAAAGAAAAUAAAGAACCACGGAACAAUGAUCCACGGCUGAUACAGAAGAGGAAGAAGAAUGUAAAGCCAUUUAAAAAGAAAAACAAGGAAAAUCGUUCAGACAGAAAGAUGAAGAAAGAAGUCAAAGAAAAUAAUGAACCACGGAACAAUGACCAACGGCUGAUACAGAAGAGGAAGAAGAAUGUAAAGCCAUUUAAAAAGAAAAACAAGGAAAAUCGUUCAAACAGAAAGAUGAAGAAAGAAGUUAAAGAAAAUAAAGAACCACGGAACAAUGAUCCACGGGUGAUGCAGAAGAGGAAGAAGAAUGUAAAGUCAUUUAAAAAGAAAAACAAGGAAGAUCGUUCAAACAGAAAGAUGAAGAAAGAAGUCAAAGAAAAUAAAGAACCACGGAACAAUGACCAACGGCUGAUACAGAAGAGGAAGAAGAAGAAUGGUGAUGUGGAUGACCGCCAAAAGAGAAUAAAAUACAGAGCGAGGACGAGGAAGAAUAACAGAAAGAAGGACGAUGACGAGUCGUUGAAAGAGAGGGGACACUCCGGAAAAUGCAAGAAAUCCCCGAGGUGCAAAGGGAAGUGCAAGCCUGAAGGAAAGCGGUGUAAGGGUGUGCUGACGGACGACUGUGACGGCGACUACUGCAAGUGUUGCAUGAAGAAGGGCGGCGGUGGCGGCGGCGGCGGUGGCGGCGGAGGCGGUGGCGGCGGCGGCGGAGGCGGUGGCGGCGGCGGUGGCGGCGGCGGCGGCGGUGGCGGCGGCGGUGGGCAGUGUGGGGGCAAGUGCAAGAAGGGCACCUGCACCUACAAGGGAGACUGCAAAAAGGGGAAGUGGAAGGAAGGUGGAGGAUGCAAGGGUGACUGGUGUGGAUGCUGCAAACCCAAAUCAAAGUCCAAAAAGUGUAAGUCCAGUUCUAAAUGUGAAGCAAAAGGAGGAGCUUGCAAGUCUAAGUGUAAAAAAAAUGAGAAGUCAAAGAAGCUGUGCAAGAAAGGCUGUCUGUGCUGCAUUAAAAAUAAGAAGAAUAAGAAGAAGUGCAAGACCACCAGCCAUUGUAAGGCAAAGAGAGGACGGUGUACGAAGCCCAAUGGUUGUCAAGGCCACGCUCAAUCCGACGCCUGUGAUGACGACUGCGUUUGUUGCAUUGAAGAUGGCCCUCCAGACAGCUGUCCUCAUGGUGAGCAGUGUUCGAGAAACUCUGGCACGUGCAAGAAGGAGUGUGACCGGUACCGGAAUGAGAGGGAACUGAAGGGGUUGUGCAAUCUUUACUCGUCCACAAGAUCGCUCUCCAGCGACGGGAGCAAGUUCUCAAAUCCUGGUACUGGGAACAAUCCGGCCUGUAAGUGUUGUGCGCCUAAGUGUGAGGACAGUCCCUCUUGCAGCCAGUGGGGAGGAACAUGUGUGAACGGCCACGAAGAGUGCCCCACACAGCACGGCUACGUGAUCGUCGAGGGGUGCAACGGUUACAACUGUGUAUGCUGCAAACCAAAUGGCCCUCCAGACAGCUGUCCUCAUGGUGAGCAGUGUUCGAGAAACUCUGGCACGUGCAAGAAGGAGUGUGACCGGUACCGGAAUGAGAGGGAACUGAAGGGGCUGUGCAAUCUUUACUCGUCCACAAGAUCGCUCUCCAGCGACGGGAGCAAGUUCUCAAAUCCUGGUAUUGGGAACAAUCCGGCCUGUAAGUGUUGUGCGCCCAAGUGUGAGGACAGUCCCUCCUGCAGCCAGUGGGGAGGAACAUGUGUGAACGGCCACGAAGAGUGCCCCACACAGCACGGCUACGUGGUCGUCGAGGGGUGCAACGGUUACAACUGUGUAUGCUGCAAACCAGAUGGCCCUCCAGACAGCUGUCUUCACGGUGAGCAGUGUUCGACAAACUCUGGCACGUGCAAGAAGGAGUGUGAUCGGUACCGGAAUGAGAGGGAACUGAAGGGGCUGUGCAAUCCUUACCCGAGCGACUCCAGCUACGGGAACCAGUUCUCAAAUCCUGGUAUUGGGAACAAUCCGGCCUGUAAGUGUUGUGCGCCCAAGUGUGAGGACAGUCCCUCCUGCAGCCAGCAGGGAGGAACAUGUGUGAACGGCCACGAAGAGUGCCCCACACAGUACGGCUACGUGGUCGUCGAGGGGUGCAACGGUUACAACUGUGUAUGUUGCAAACCAAAUGGCCCUCCAGACAGCUGUCCUCAUGGUGAGCAGUGUUCGAGAAACUCUGGCACGUGCAAGAAGGAGUGUGAUCGGUACCGGAACGAGAGGGAACUGAAGGGGCUGUGCAAUCUUCACUCGAGCGACUCCAGCUACGGGAGCCAGCCUGGUUUUGGGAACGGUCCGGCCUGUAAGUGUUGUGCGCCCAAGUGUGAGGACAGUCCCUCCUGCAUCCAGCGAGGAGGAACAUGUGUGAACGGCCACGAAGAGUGCCCCACACAGUACGGCUACGUGGUCGUCGAGGGGUGCAACGGUUACAACUGUGUAUGCUGCAAACCAAACAACACCCCUCCUACUGGCGGACCGGGGAACACCCCUCCUACUGGCGGACCGGGCAACACCCCUCCUACUGGCGGACCGGGCAACACCCCUCCUACUGGCGGACCGGGCAACACCCCUCCUACUGGCGGACCGGGCAACACCCCUCCUACUGGCGGACCGGGCAACACCCCUCCUACUGGCGGACCGGGCAACACCCCUCCUACUGGGGGACCGGGCAACACCCCUCCUACUGGCGGACCGGGCAACACCCCUCCUACUGGCGGACCGGGCAACACCCCUCCUACUGGCGGACCGGGCAACACCCCUCCUACUGGAGGACCGGGCAACACCCCUCCUACUGGCGGACCGGGCAACACCCCUCCUACUGGCGGACCGGGCAACACCCCUCCUACUGGCGGACCGGGCAACACCCCUCCUACUGGCGGACCGGGCAACACCCCUCCUACUGGCGGACCGGGCAACACCCCUCCUACUGGAGGACCGGGCAACACCCCUCCUACUGGCGGACCGGGCAACACCCCUCCUACUGGCGGACCGGGCAACACCCCUCCUACUGGCGGACCGGGCAACACCCCUCCUACUGGCGGACCGGGCAACACCCCUCCUACUGGCGGACCGGGCAACACCCCUCCUACUGGAGGACCGGACAACACCCCUCCUACUGGCGGACCGGGCAACACCCCUCCUACUGGCGGACCGGGCGACACCCCUCCUACUGGCGGACCGGGCAACACCCCUCCUACUGGCGGACCGGGCAAUACCCCUCCUACUGGCGGACCGGGCAACACCCCUCCUACUGGCGGACCGGGCAACACCCCUCCUACUGGCGGACCGGGCAACACCCCUUCUUCCACAUAAUCUGUUAGCCGUACAUAAUCUACCAGGUACCUGCUGCACAUAAUCUGUUAGCCGCACAUAAUCAACCAGGUACUUGCUGCACAUAAUCUGUUAGCCGUACAUAGUCUACUAGUAACACAUAAUCUAUUAGAUUAUAAGUAUCUUCACAGCAUCUACUACAGUCUGACUCAGCUCUGAAGGCCGUUGGGGGUGAGGCACACGGUGAAUUGCCUCGCCACAGCCCUGGCAAACCUACCCUUAAAGGUGAUAAUAUAGUCUUGAUUUGCCUUUUCUUCUAAAUAUACUUGUUCACAUUGUAAAUUAGUUCUUUCUCUCGACUGUGGAGCACACGAGAGCGUGUCGGAGUAGGUGCCAUCACGGGUGGAUAUGAGGGAGGAAGUAAUGGUGUUCUGUCCUUGACCAAUGACCACAGUCUGCUGACAACGUCGAAGAGCAAAUUUGUCACGUGUUUUGGAAUUUAUUCAAUUCAUUGCUAUUAUCCUAAAACACGACACAUAUAUAACACUGUAUAGCCUUAUUCGAUAUAUACAGAAUAUUCAAUACAAUUUCAAAUAGUACAUAGCUAACAUAAUUAUGAGAGAGUGAUGUCCUGGGGUGAUGCGGCAGCGCUGGGUAGGGGCGCGGGGCCACACCAAAACGGACUUUAUAAUAAUAUUGUGUCAGACUUAAGUGCCAAGGAAUUUACUUUGAGCCUUUCCUUAGGUGAUUCUCUCCCACCCAUCCUAUGACAGACGGAACGUAUCGAAAUAAGCCGAGAAAAGCUGUGACCCCUCCGUGUUAUUCAUCAAAUAGGCUAUUGAUGUUUUGAACCACUGACUGCAGAGAUGAAGCUGUUUGUGAAGCGACUUGUUUUAUGGUUCAGGGAACUCGUCAGGUCAUCUCCACAACCUGCUGUAGGAUUUAUAGACUCACGAAUAUAAUAAUGUCAGCACUGAUGCAUACUAGGAGGGCUUCUUAACACAAUGCUAACAGAAAGCGAGCAUUUUACUAACAAUUAGCUGCAUUGCUUCACGCUCAAGUUCAUCAGCAUUUAAGUUUGACUGAAUGUGAAUCUUCUUUUUGCACACUCGUAUUGAAUACCAGGUUAUCAACAAAAUAUCGGUAUACACUAUACUUUUGUUUCGCUUCACUUGUAUUUGAACUAAAUGUCAUCAACAAA